GGAAAAGGGCCUAGAUUUAUUUUGGUCCAACCAUUACUCCCGCAAACAACUGACAAGGCCAGGAGCCGGUGCUUUAAUGUAAAUGUUAUAAGUUAUAAUGUCACACUUGCGUGCUGUCUUGAAUACGCUGGUCUUUCCAAACUAUACAUUAGAAACACCAUAGUUUGUGCUGGAUUACCAUGCUAAUUUUGAUUCGGUGCGUGGAGAAGUUGCAAGGUAUAGAUGACGUGAACAAAGAUGUGAUAGGUGAGGGCCAGCUCUUUUCCAGUCGCAGUUGAAGUUUUGGCUAGCCUUAAUUCACAGUAGUUCCGCAAAGGCUGCAUUAUAUAGCAUUGGUAGACCUACGUGCCCGAGGAAAGUACAUUGCUAUUUUUAAACCUAUUGUUAUAAAGUCCAGAAGAAGUGACGACUGCACCCGGUGUUGGGUAUUCAUCGCUGACCUGAGGUCAGCUUGCUUAUUUUGUCAACAAGCUGUUGAAUGGUUUUUAAAUGAACAUUGAGUUUUGGAAUGUGUACGAUACUUUGAAGGUCGUUUUUAUCAGGGAAAGAACAUGUACCCAUUUAAGUGCACUGCUCAAAAUCUCAGUUGUUUAUUUAUAGGUUCGUAGUCGCGACUAUUCGAGCAUAAUAUUGUGUGAGCCAGCCUACUGGGGUAGCUAAUUUUCGUUUAGCAUGGCUGCCGAGAACCGUUUGUUGUCAGAAGUGACAAGACAACCGCUGGUUGACCAACUGACGUGUCCGCGUUGCUUGAAGAGAUAUGGCGAGUCUGAGAGGAGAGCAAAAUUGCUCACGUGCCUGCACGGGUUCUGCCUUGGGUGUCUGGCCGAGUUGGUGCGGAACUCGCCUGAGUUGAAAUGCCCUGUCUGUCGGCUGACGACUCAUCUCCCGGCGGGUGGCGUGCAUGGUCUGCCAGACAACUUCACCGCGAAGACGCUGACGGAAAAUUGUCCGAAUGUGGAUCUGACCGGGUCUAGUGACCUUUACUGCGGUUCGUGCAUCGCAGACGAAGGCCCCGCCAUCAGUUUCUGCUCAGAUGCCGACUGCCUUUGCUUCCUUUGCCAGGUGUGCGAUGAGGCACAUCGCAAGAUGCGUAAAUUCAAGGACCAUAUCGUUUGGUCCAUGGAAGACCUGCAGAAGCGGACGGAGAAACACGGGCAGGAAAGUCUGUCCCUGGAGGGAGAAAAGUGCCAGGAGGUCUGCUCGUCUUGCUUAGGUCCUAACCACUCCUCUCAUAAUGUCGUCGAUCUGGAGAAGACCUUAUCUGAUUUGAAAGCCGAGUUGCAGAGUCUUGCUUCUGCUGUCCGGGGUAAACGAGCUCCUGUGUGUCUUAUCUCCGGACAAAUCCAAACCGAGAUCGGCCGAACGAAUGAUCUGUUUGAAGAGAGAUCCGCCGAGGCGUUGGCACUCUUCGGCAGCCUCAACAAACUGCUUCAGAAUAGACAGAGCGCGGUCAUUGCAGAAAUGAAGGUCAUGUGUGUCGGCAGGAUGGGCUAUCUGAAGCAUCUUGCCGACCGUGCUGAGUCACUAGCCGCCCAAUUCGACUCGGCCUGCAAGUUAGCUGAGACAGCCUGCAAAAUUGGCCACCCUGUCAACCUCGUGAAGGCCAGCGGACAGACUGUUGCACGGCUCCGCGAGCUCGACGCUAUAGAUGUCAACAGUUACCUGCCUUUCCAGUCGGCGAGCGACACCUUUCUGUCCUUCGGCGAAGACCGUCAUCAGAUCGUGUCCGACUUCAAUGAUCUCCUGUUGCGCCUUAGGUGGCUCAAGGAACGCUCUGAUGACGCUGCGUUGCCAUUUAAGCUGGAUUUCCCCGGGAGAGUGGGGUCAUCACCCUUGCCCGCCAAUGCCACACAUAAAGUCCGUCUUUCGUCAGGCGAUCCUGCGUGCUCAUUUGACUGUCUGCUUGCAUACCUUCGAUUACCAGACGGAAGUACCACCGAGUGCACGGGUGGCCAGAAGUGUGGUGGCUCUUACGAGUUCGAGUUCCGAACUUUGAAGGCGGGACUUCAUCAGCUGAACAUCAGCAUCUCUGGAGUGCCCAUUAAAGGUAGUCCCUUUCCAGUCAAUAUCGAAGAAAGUCCACCCUUGAUGUCGACCGUCACCCGUGAUGACCCUCCUCAGAGUGAUACCAAACUGGUUACCGACGUGACGUGGAAGGACGCAUUUGCCAAAUGUGAACACGACGUCGUCGUCAAACUAUCUGGCCUUGGGAGUCUUCCAGCCCCGCCUGUUGUGACUGCGCUGUUUUCCAUGGGCGAUAGUUCCCGAGCAACCCAUGACCCUAGGACCUCCACAGACGAGGCAAAACAACUCCCGUCCACGGAAGCACAGGUGACGCCAAUUGACGAGAAUGGGUCCUUUCGGAUCGUCUACACUCCCCCAUUUGCAGGGAAGCUGAAUAUGUCGGUCUUCACGGACGGGGUUCCCAUCCCCAACAGCCCCUUCGUCAUCAAGGUCGACCCCUUACAUCCAGACUCCACGGUUGUUUCAACGCGUAGCUUGGGGAAGUGCCCUCUAAACACCGCAGUCCUGGACAUGCCGUAUGCGCUUAACCUAAAAACCCAUGAUCAUCUUGGGAAACCACUGACUUCCGGAGGCUAUAGUGUUACAGCUGAAGUUCAAUUAUCGAGCUCCAGCGAAUUACUGAGAACAUACGACGUCGAAGAUAACCAGGACGGCAGUUACACGGUAACGAUUAAACCCCGUGUAGCCAAGUGCCACCACGUCAGGAUCAAAAUCUGCGGCAUCCCGAUGAAGGCUGCUAUGCCGCUGGUGAUAUCAGUCCAGGAGAGCCUACCAUUUGAAGAUCCACCGGGUGGGUACAAGGCCCCUUCUGGAAUGGCCGUAGACAUAUCGCACCGGCCCUCUUUCGAAUACAGCAACUCCAUCUUGGUUGCCGACUGUGGACGGCUAGGAUGCCAAGUUUAUCGGCUGGAGCCCGACGGUAACUUUGAGUCAGUAAGAUCGCUCGAUCUGGACCUUCAACUGCGCAAGAAGAUGGUUCUGGAGAUGGCGGUGACGAAGGAAGGAAAGCUGGCGGUGCUGGUGCCGUACUACAAACGUGUGGUAACCUGCGACGCCCACGGGAAGUUGGAAGACAGGUGGUCUUGUACUGAGGACAACAUCAAACCUGUCAGCAUCAUCCUCACUCCAACAGACCACGUGAUCAUCGGAGAUAGCCAUUCACAGAGGCUCUACGUCCAUCAAAACAAGGGGGAAAUCUUUGCUCGCAUUGAGCUGCCGAAAGGAUCAUUGGCCGUCGGAGCGCACAACGUCUGCCUCGACCGCUCUCACGAGGAGAGCAGCAUCAUUGUGGUCAUGCAUUCUGAGCCGUAUCACAUCCUAAGGUACACCAUCAACGGGGCUCUGGUCAGCAAGAUUGACUCUCCCGCCACAACCGCUCAACUGGCCGCAGUGUCAGCACCAGAGGGCGUCCUCAUCGUCAGCGUAGAGGGAAGGCUCCUGGUCCUGGCGUUCACUCCCCAGAGCGACGGGGUUUCGGUCGUGAAGGAGUUUCAGACGCGCCACACGUACACAAGACUGGCCGUGACUGGGGACAGAUGCUUCGCUGCUUUCAACCCGACUGGAAAGCACCUGGUUAAAUACAGUUACUUUACCGCCAGCUAAUGAAAUCCACACAACAAACACCAAAUUCCCUGACAAAACAUCAGAUUUGAAGAAAGGUUAAGGGUUUGCAUGCAGGCUUCCACUCUCGUAAGAAAUGCACAUACAAGGAGACCAGCGGGGUUUCGAGCGGGGUGGUGGUGGGAAUUGGAGCAUCCCCCCGACGGCUUUUUUGUCGCAUAAUACCUGAGUAGGGAGGAAAGUUUUGGUAUUACACAAAUCACACCCCUUGGUUGUAGUCGUCAUACCUAUUGGCAACGCGUUACAUGAAUGAGAGAAGAUUCUCUCAAUUGAUUCCAUGAAAGUAUUUUUAUCAUAAAAUAUACUGUUGAAGGCUUGGUCUGAAAGGUUUUUCAUGUGUAAAACUUUGUUAUAAUCCUUUUUAAUGCUUUU